CCCUGAACCGGAAGUGUCCCGUUUCGUGACAGACCGCCCUCUCAUUCAUUUUGAAAACACUCCACUAUGAUUUUAUUUUAAUAUUUGUUGGUUUUCGCUCAUGGUUUUAAGUGACUAUGGCGACAAAACGCAAAGUGGAUGUGGCUGUCCCUGCAGAAGAGAGUGACCAGCUCCAUAUUCGUCCGCUAGGUGCUGGGCAGGAGGUUGGGAGGUCAUGUAUUAUCCUGGAGUUCAAAGGAAGGAAAAUUAUGCUGGACUGUGGCAUCCACCCUGGUUUAGAGGGAAUGGACGCCCUCCCCUAUAUAGACUUGAUUGACCCGGCUGAGAUCGACCUGCUGCUCAUCAGCCAUUUCCACCUUGAUCAUUGCGGGGCUCUGCCUUGGUUUCUCCAGAAGACCAGCUUCAAAGGCAGGACCUUCAUGACCCACGCCACCAAGGCCAUCUACCGCUGGCUGCUGUCAGACUACGUCAAAGUCAGCAACAUUUCUGCCGAUGACAUGUUGUACACGGAGACGGACCUGGAGGAGAGCAUGGAUAAGAUUGAGACCAUUAACUUUCACGAGGUCAAGGAGGUGGCAGGAAUCAAGUUCUGGUGCUACCAUGCUGGUCAUGUGUUGGGAGCAGCCAUGUUUAUGAUUGAAAUAGCCGGGGUCAAGCUGCUCUACACAGGAGACUUCUCUCGACAGGAAGACAGGCACCUCAUGGCAGCUGAGAUCCCCAGCGUCAAGCCAGACAUUUUAAUUAUUGAGUCAACAUACGGCACGCACAUCCAUGAGAAGAGGGAGGAGCGUGAGGCUCGCUUUUGUAACACAGUCCAUGACAUCGUCAACAGAGAGGGCCGUUGUUUGAUCCCCGUGUUUGCUUUGGGACGAGCCCAGGAACUGCUGCUCAUCCUGGACGAGUACUGGCAGAACCACCCCGAGCUCCAUGACAUCCCCAUCUAUUAUGCCUCAUCCCUGGCCAAAAAGUGCAUGGCCGUGUACCAGACCUACGUCAACGCCAUGAACGACAAGAUCCGCAAGGCCAUCAACAUAAACAACCCAUUUGUCUUCAAGCACAUCAGUAACCUCAAGAGCAUGGAUCACUUUGAUGACAUCGGCCCCAGUGUGGUGAUGGCGUCCCCUGGUAUGAUGCAGAGCGGCCUCUCCAGAGAGCUCUUUGAAAGCUGGUGCACGGAUAAGAGGAACGGAGUCAUUAUCGCUGGAUACUGUGUGGAGGGAACACUGGCCAAGCAUAUCAUGUCUGAGCCGGAGGAGAUCACCACCAUGUCAGGACAGAAGCUUCAGCUGAAGAUGUCCGUGGACUACAUCUCCUUCUCGGCCCACACGGAUUACCAGCAAACCAGCGAGUUCAUCCGGGCCCUGAAACCUCCGCAUGUGAUCUUAGUCCAUGGCGAGCAGAACGAGAUGGCUCGUCUGAAGGCGGCGCUGAUCCGAGAGUACGAGGACAACGACCAGGUUCACAUCGAAGUCCACAACCCUCGCAACACAGAGUCUGUCACCCUCAACUUCAGAGGAGAGAAACUGGCCAAGGUAAUGGGUUCUCUGGCGGAUCAGAAGUGUGUUCAGGGUCACAGAGUGUCGGGCAUCCUGGUGAAAAAGAACUUCAACUAUCACAUCCUCAACCCCUCUGACCUUUCAAUGUAUACAGAGCUGUCCAUGAGCACAGUGAAGCAGACACAGGCCAUCCCCUUCACUGGACCUUACUCGCUGCUCGUCUGCCAACUGAGGAACCUCACAGGUGACGUGGAGGAGCUUGAUGGAACCGAGAAGAAAACCCUGAGGGUCUUCCAAAGCAUCACAUUGAUCCAUGAGGUCGGCAUGGUUCUGCUGGAGUGGAUCGCUAACCCUCUCAACGACAUGUACGCUGACGCUGUCACCACUGUGGUGUUGGAGGUCCAGUCCAAUCCAAAGGCUCAGAAAGUCAUGGAGACCCAGAGUGCCACUUUGGACAUGGACGUCUUCCACAACAGACUAGAAAUCAUGUUACAUGACAUGUUUGGAGAGGACUACGUGGACUUCAGCAAUGAUAAAAACAUCUUGGUGACAGUCGAUGGGAAGACGGUGCACAUUUGCUUGGAAACGAGGGUACAUUUUUUUUGUCAUGUUGUGUUUUUUUGCGUUACUCUUUGUGGACAUUCUCACUGUCUUAUCCAGUCUGUGUGCUACGAGGACGACAGCAUAGAGGACGACUCCCUGAGAGAGAUGGUGGAGCUGGCUGUGCAGCGCCUCUUCGACGCCCUAAACCCCAUCACGUCAGAGCGUGGGCGAGGCUGUGCUCAAACCGCCAAUUAAGAUACACGGUUCAAACCCCUGAUGUGGUCUCGUUUUUAGUGUGCUAGCUUGUGUUGGUGUCAAAUGGAUUAGUUCCGUGUUUUUAACCUGCAGGUACUUGAAUUUAUUUAAUAAGUUAAUGUUUGGUUUGUUCAACUAAUGUGCACUGAUAUGACACUUUGAUUUUUAACUUGUGAACUGUGAAUUUUUAAUUGCACUAAAUGUUAAAAUAAAAAAAGGAUUCAUGUUUAAAUGAGUG